AUGUUUAGACAAUGUUUGAGUGGGAUUUACAGGCAGCCUAGAACUGGAUUGAGGAUAACACAACUGUUGACAUCCCCAAUCAGGUCGAUAUAUAAUUCGUCAGUGUUGUACCAAGCCCAACCCAACAUCACCCCAACCACAACCACAACCACAACUACAACCACAUCCUCAUCAGUAAAGACUACUAUCAAAGAAUCACCGUUAUCAGAGCUCAGUAGGUCUAUUGAAGACAAUAUUGACAACUCCCAAAGCCAAAGUGCUACUACAGCUUCACCCUCUAAACAAGCUAAAGUAAAUGAGAAAAUAGUAUAUUGGAAACUUUAUUCAACAUUCAAUAGACACAACACAAGGUGUACAUUAGUUGCAGUUGUUGAAGACUUGAACUUUAUGGAAAAUAACCCCCACUUGUCUUACAACGAAAAAGUACUUUACUAUUUGCAAUUACCUCACAAGGUUAAGUAUUCAGUUACAGCUGGUCAAUUGGGAUUUAGGAAGUCACAAAGACAAGAAUACGAAGCUGGUUUCCAGGUUGCUGCAAAGAUGUUUAAAACUAUUCAAGAAAGAAAUUAUAUUGGUCCUAAUGAUAAGAUUGAAUUGAUCUUGAAGAAUUUCGGAAAGGGAAGAGAAGCUUUCCAAGCUGCAUUGUUAGGUAAAGAAGGAUCCUAUUUGAAGAAUAAUAUUGUCAGAAUAAGCGAUUCUACUGUCAUAAGAUUUGGUGGUAACAGACCAAAGAAAUUACGUCGUUUGUAA